AGGCAGGUUCACCUUUUACCAACUAGCAGUAUUAGCAGGCUGAGAUGGGCAAAAAGAACAGGAAACAGCAGCCGGAGGUGGUGGCGGCCGCCAUCGAUGAGCCUGUAGCAGAAGUUGAGCCUCCAGUGGAACAGUAUCCCCAGGAGGAGGACACCAGCACCGAGGUCUUCCUCUGGCUGCGCUACAGUGUCCUCAUGUUCACGCUGCCCUUCCUGGGCUUUUACGGCGUGCGCAGCUGGCCAGAGUCAUUUCCCCAUCUGGACGUCUUUACGGUCAACUGCUGGUCCGUGCUCACGGCUGUCCUGGUCGUAAACUUGGUGGUGGCCAUGUACGUGCUCAAGGCCUUCCGCGAAAAGCCUCCACCACCAUUGGAGCCGGUGGAGCAGAUGAGGAGAAAGAGUCCGAAAUGAAGAGGACAAGAAGGAGCAGUAACUUAAGUAGCCCACAUGCUACUUGGCGUAUCAAAAAGAACAAAAACAUCUUUGCAAACCAAACAAUUUCAAGUCACACAAUUCUUUUAAAGGAUCAGUAACCCCAUACUACCCUAAAUAAAUCUUACAUUGACACACUUUUAAA